AUGACAGACCCCAAUGCCAGCGCUGGUCCUGUCAGCGAGGUCGCUUCGCUGAGUCGUCUGAAGCGGAAACGCGGUGGCCACCGAGCGUCCGCAACAAAGACGAACACCCUGGCAUUAUCAACCCUUGGAAAAAUGAAAUCUGAGUCAUCGACACUGGCAGGGUCUGAACCCAUCGUGGAACUUCAGCAAUUUGUGGAUACGCUGAAGGCGAAAGUUUCCAUAAUUGCGACACUGGACGAGCAGAUUCUGGAUUUGGUGGAGGAGUCUGAGAUAGAGACAGAAGUGGACACAGCAGAUUCGUUCUUGGCGGACAUAAAGCUCGUGAUCCGACAAGUGGAUUAUUUCUUGCAGCAGAAAUCUGGUGUGGUUGUAGCCCCCAGCCCUUCUCAGCUCAGUGUCUCAGAUCAGGUUCAGAGCAAUACGAGUACACCACUGAUCAGCACUCCGGGACAAUUGUGUACAACCAGGCUCCCGAAACUGGAGUUGCCGCAAUUUAGUGGUGACAUUAUGCAGUGGCCCACUUUCUGGGAUUCCUUCUCGGCCGCAGUACACAGUCAGUCCGGCUUGGCUAAGGUGGAGAAAUUCAACUAUCUCCGCUCGUUGGUGCGUGGCGAGGCUGCCGAGUCGAUAGGCGGGCUGGCACUGACAUCCGCCAAUUAUGAGGAGGCAGUGGAUAUCUUGACAACGCGCUUCGGCAACACCAAGAGGAUCGUGAGGAAGCACAUGGAGCUGCUCCUACACGUGGAUCCGGUACGUACAACCGAUCUCCGCCGCCUGCGUCGUUUAUACGAUACUUUUGAGUCGAACAUCCGCAGUCUCCGGUCUCUGGGCGUGAAGUCAGAGGCAUACGGAGCCUUGCUCGCACCAGUGCUGAUGAGCCGACUGCCUGACGAGCUCCGCCUGAUUAUUAGCCGUGAAGUCGAGGAGGAGAACUGGGAGUUAGACAUUCUGUUGCACCAUAUCCAUGGUGAGCUCCGCGCUCGUGAGCGUGUGCAGCUGGAGAAAUUCCCGAACAAGGGUCCGGAGGAGAAAGCAGUGUCGGCAUCGUUCACACAUGGCAGUCCAUCGGAGAGUACAGCCACUGCUUCGGCCUUGUUUACUGCAGCAACACCAGGACGGUGUGCAUACUGCAAUCAGGAUCACACCAUGAACAACUGUCACGUCAUCACAGAUACCGGCAGGCGGAAAGAGCUACUAAAGAGUAAGGGUCGAUGCUUUAAUUGCGCUAAGCCAAACCAUUUAUCACGUGCAUGCAGUUCGAAGGCACGGUGUACAUUCUGUGAGGGCAAGCACCACUCCAGCAUCUGCGACUCACAGAGGGAUAUGAGCGGUGCCAGACAGAACCAUGAGAGGCAUGAUGUUGCGCUCUUCUGUGGAGAUAGUACGCAGGUUGUCUUGCUGCAAACUGCUAAGGCCACUAUCUGUCGACCGGACAAGCCCAAGCAGUGCAUCACUGCCCGUGUGAUCCUUGACAGUGGCAGUCAACGGUCAUUUGUUCGAGAAGACAUCUGCACCCAAUUGAAACUGCAGUCCAAGUGCCAAGAGACAGUGGUAGUACAACCAUUUGGGUCCACAGGUGGAAGCCCCCAAGUUCGUGCCGUGGUGAUGGUCUGCCUGAAGCUCAGAGAUGGCCAACUCACGGUCCCAAUGCUCUCCGUGCCACACAUCAGCCCACCAGUCCAAACACAGUACCCUAGCAAGGCUGCUGCAGCAUUUCCUCAGUUCAAAGGACUUGAACUUGCCGACGACUGUGCAGGUGAUGCCACAGUUGACAUCCUGAUUGGCGCGGACUUCUACUGGCAAGUAGUGUCUGGCAAGGUUGUCCGUGGUGAUGCCGGGCCUGUUGCGCUCAGCACUAGACUGGGAUGGGUGCUCUCAGGGCCCAUGCCAAUGUCAGUGCUACCAUCACCAGCAGCUGUGAAUCUCAUGCAUCUUCAUGUGUUAACCUGUACUACACCGAGUAACACGCCCCAGCUCACGUCGACCUUAGAGAAGUUCUGGACGUUGGAGUCGAUCGGCAUUCUUCCCAAGGAACUGUCCGUGUACGAGCAGUUUGAGCAGCGCAUACGGUUUGCCAACACCCGCUAUGUGGUCGAUUUGCCGUGGAAAGAGUGCCAUGCAGCUCUACCUGACAACCAUCGGCUAAGUGAGCGUCGGCUGCGGUCACUGCUCGAGCGCCUCAAGAAAGAGCCAUUGGUAUGUACAGCGUACCAAGCAGUCUUUGCCGAGCAGCUGACUUUAGGCAUCAUCGAGCCUGUUGCACAGUCUGACCCUAACGCCAUGGGAAAGGCUCAUUAUCUGCCACAUCAUCCCGUCGUUAGGAACGACAAGAAGACCACAAAGGUCCGGGUGGUAUUCGACGCAUCGGCGAAGACUUGUCAGGGGCCAAGCCUGAAUGAGUGUUUGUACUCAGGUCCAGCAAUGACCGAAAACAUUCUGGACAUUAUCAUCAGAUUCCGGCACCAUCGGGUGGCAGUAGUUGGUGAUAUUGAGAAGGCAUUUCUCAUGGUCGAGCUUGCUGAGUCCGACCGCAACGCCGUCCGGUUUCUGUGGGUGGACGACCCGUUCAGCGAAUCACCACAAGUGUUGACGUACCGCUUCACGAGAGUGGUUUUCGGUCUGACAUGCAGUCCCUUCUUGCUGAACGCUACGCUCCGCCAUCAUAUCAACCUGUACGCCGAUGAUCCCGACUUCGUAGCCUCGUUCCUUGAGAACACCUACGUUGAUGAUCUGAUCAACGGAGCUGAUGAUGAUGAUACGGCCUAUCUGCUGUACAGCAAGAUGAAGAGUCGCCUGGCAGUCGGUGGAUUCAAUGCAAGAAAGUUCCAGUCAAACUCAACGGCUCUCAUUGCGCGUAUUGAUGAAAAUGAACGGUCGCUACAAUCGCUAACACCACCAGCAGUCGAGCAAGCAGCUGAACCUGUGUCAACAGACGACCAGUCCUACGCUAAGUCUUCACUGGGAGCUGAAGAAGCUGGGUUGUUGGAUAAGGUACUUGGAAUUCCCUGGGACCGUCAGCAAGAUGAGCUAGUAAUCAACAUCAGCCAAGUUUUCCAGGAAGUAGAUGAUAAGCCGCUGACCAAGAGACAAGUUAUUGCAUUGGCGUCACAAGUCUUCGACCCUGUCGGCUUCCUCUCACCCCUCGUUCUUCCCCUGAAGAAAUUCUUCCAACAGAUAUGCCGCAUCAAGAUUGCCUGGGAUGAGCAGCUAACUCCAUCAUUGCAGGAACUGUGGUCGUCUUUACUUCAAGAGCUUCAGUCGUGCCAACCAAUACGAAUCCCUCGAUGUUACUUUGCUGCUGUCCAGGGUGAUAUUCACGCCGUGGAGCUGCACGGCUUCUGUGAUGCAUCCGCCGAUGCUUAUGCUGCUGUUGUCUAUCUGGCUAUCCACACCGAGUCUGGGACCCAUGUCCAGUUUGUCACUUCGAAGAGCAGAGUGGCUCCACUUGCAUCGCAGACUAUUCCUCGGCUUGAGCUGCUGUCUGCGCUCGUCCUCGCCCGUCUGAUUGUCCGUGUUCGCAAGGCACUGGCACGUUACGUCUCUGUCAGUCGAAUCGCAUGCUGGACAGAUUCCAUGAUCGCUCUACACUGGAUCCGUGGGGACACGCGAGAGUGGAAGACCUUUGUACAGAACAGAGUGGUGGAAGUGCGAUCCCUUGUACCCAGCUCAGCGUGGUCGCACUGCCCAGGAACGCUGAACCCAGCCGAUCUACCCUCGCGGGGAGUCCAGCCAUCCAGCUUCGACGCGAAGCUGUGGCUCAAUGGUCCUCCUUGGCUGGCUGAAAAGGAGCUGGUAGCAACUGAGAGUCGGGACGAUGAUGUGGUGAUACAAGAAGCCCAUCAGGAGUUGAAGCGGCAGCCAACAACAGCCACACUUGCGACCACCACAGCCAGUCACCCCUCAAUUCAUCAAAUCAUUGACAUCGAACGCUUCAGCACAUUCAGUCGACUGGUCCGAGUGACAGCGUAUGUCCGGAAGUUCGUCACCAUCUUGCAGCUGCGUCGAACCAACACAGCAUGCCAGCCUGUCAUCUCUGCAGUUGAUCUGAAGGAGGCAGAGGCACUGUGGAUUCGUACUUGCCAAGCACAGUUAGUUGCUGAUUCCAACUUUGAGAAGUUGUCACACGAGUUUGGUAUCUUCGUCGACGAUCAAGGUAUUCGAAGAUGCGGGGGGAGAUUGCGCAAUGCCGCCCUCACCACAGCGCAGAAACAUCCAGCACUUUUGCCACGCGACCAUCCAAUCACGGCCAUGAUCGUGAGACGCUGUCAUGCUGCCGUCCUGCACAGCGGUGUCAACGAGACACUCACGGAGCUCCGGUCUACCUACUGGAUUGUCAGAGGCCGCCAGUUUGUGCGCACCAUCGUACGUGGCUGUCAGCACUGCAAGAGGGUGAACACGAAGCCGUACGCUGCAUCAACCAGUGCCCAGCUGCCUUCUGAGCGCGUAAGUGGCGAGGAGGCAUUCCGGAACGUGGGUGUUGACUUUGCUGGCCCUCUGUAUGUCAAUGAAGGCGGCAGCAAAGUCAAGGCAUAUGUAGCUCUGUUCACCUGCGCUGUGAGUCGUGCUGUCCACCUGGAGCUGGUCAGUGACCUGACAACGGAAGCCUUCAUGCGAUGCUUUCGGCGAUUUGUGGCACGUCGUGGGUUCCCGUGUUUUGUCAUCAGUGACCACGGCAAGACGUUCGAGGCAGCAGCGCGUGAGCUGUGCAGUAUCGCCCAAUCUGCUGAAUGUCAGCAGUUCUCCGCUGAACACCACAUUCAGUGGCAGUUCAAUGUGGAGAAGGCCCCUUGGUGGGGAGGCUUCUUCGAGCGACUUGUGCAAAGCGUCAAGCGUUGCCUCCGCAAAGUGUUGGGCAAUGCAUAUGUGUCUGGUGAGGAGCUGGUGACGGUGCUGGCAGAGGUCGAAUGUACCCUCAACUCCAGGCCAUUGACCUUCCUCUCUACGGAAGAAUGGACGGAGCCGUUGACGCCAUCGCAUCUGCUACUCGGCCGUCGACUUAGGUCCAUGCCAGAUGCGGAGCAUAUCCCACGUGCAGCCACAGCUGAAGUCGUACGAGAGCGAGCGGAGCACCUACAACAACUCAUACGACAUAGCUGGACUCGUUGGCGUCGUGAGUACCUGCUGGAACUAAGGAAUGCCCACCGCCAACAAUUCAAUGCCAACGCCACACCUAUUCGCGUCGGGGAUGUGGUGCUCAUCGAAGACGAGAACGCAAAGCGCCAACAGUGGCCUCUUGGCCUAGUAGUCGAGUUAAUCCCGGGUCAUGAUGGCAUUGCUCGUGCAGCGAAGGUCAAAACCGCAACACCGAAGAAAGGUAGCGUUACGCACCUGAAGAGGCCCAUCCAGCGUCUCUACCCACUCGAAGUCUGUGCCGAGGAAGCAGUCACGGUUCCGAAUCGUCAAGCACCUGAGAAUGAGCCAUUGCAAUCCGUCAGGCCACAGCGAGCGGCGGCAGUACAAGCGGCUGCGUUGCCGAUGCAGUUAAGAAACCGUGGACUAAUUUGA